UUGUUUUUUCAGAGGCCUUCCGCGAAGGAGUUGCUAAAGCAUGCGUUCAUUAGAAAGGCGAAGAAAAAUUCAUUCUUGAUGGAUCUGAUUGAGCGUAGCGUGGAAUAUAAGACACGGCUAGAACCAAGCAGCGAUUCGGAUCAGGAUGAAGAAACUGACACUAACGGCGGAACAGACUGGGUGUUCAAUACGGUGAAAGCGCCGCAGGGCACAAGCAAUGCAUCGGAUGAGUCGAAUGCUGAUCAGAAUACUGUCCGAGUGAAGAAUGAGCACGUUCGGCCAUCCAUCGCAACAUAUCAGCCAAGAAAUAUGAGUCCCAAUGCAACGAUUGUUAACAGAAAUCAUGACUCUAAAGUGGCCCAAUUAACUCACGAUCUUCGUCAAACGUCGAUGUACCCAUCCAGUUCCGGUGCUUACAACACACAUUUCUCGUCACUUUACACGAAUGCAGGUGCAACAGUGAAUGGUGGUGUCCAGGUAGCACACAACGGCAAUGCGACAACAAUAGCUGUCUCGUCACCAACCAGUUCACCUACCUCAUCACUGACUCGCCAUUCGUUCGCAAUUAGUGAUGCCUCAUCGCGGAGUUCAGCACAAGCAGCUCCACAGCAUAGCCUCGGCGCUCUGUCGCAAAACACCGGCAGCAAUAUUCGAGCCGAUCUGGAUGCAGUUGCAAUGGCAUUCAAAGAAGCAGAAAAGAAUUGCCCCGGUGUAUGCGAUCAGUUCGUAGUCGAGUUGCUCACCACUGUUGCCUAUCCUCAGGCUACUGAAUCCGAACUUCAAGCUGCUGUUGAUCGCCUUACUAUGUGA